AUGGAUCAAGUUGGCUUCCUUCGCUUCACAGCGAAUGGUAAAAGCUGCCUUGGCACUAGUGACCUGAACAGCUGUACCGCUGUCGCUAUCGUCUCGAGCAAGGCUGCAAUCCUUGCUCACAUUGCUCCACGCCCGUCGGACAGGAACAAGAGCCAAGCCACCGGAGACGACCACGUAAAAGCCAAGAUGAAGGAAGUGAGAGACUUGCUUGUGGAACAUCAAAGCGACUUCACCAAUCAAGGAUCAGAUGGUGUCUUGGUUUACGCAGUGUACCAAGGGAAGGUUGCACUAGAGGACCAAGUCAAGAUCAUCGGCGCUCAGCUCAAUGCGUGGAAAUUGCCUACCACUCCCGUCCGAUACCAAGUCCUCGAAGCCAAACAAGACCGCGGCCCAGCCAAAGGUACCGUACUAAUCGAUGCUCGGGGUCAGAAACCGGUUGUAUGGGUUGAGGAUACCUUGGCUACUAAAGCAAAGAGCGUUGGGUCAUCAGCAGCAGAAUCAUCAAAGUCGGGCACGCGUUGA